AUGUUCCGGAUUCCUCCCAAGGCCCUCGAGGCCUCUGAAGUUCUUCCUCUGCCACCCAGAUUCAACACACCUGCAACGCAUACGGCUUAUUCUCACCUUCGUCACCCAUGGCGGAUCCUUUGUCGACGGCAGGCAGCGUUUGCCGCGAAAGACCAGCACUCCGACAUUGCUCGCACCCUGCGGAAACUCGAAGAUCUACAAUCCUUGUUCGAAAGGCUGAACACCCACCUCAGCGAUCGAAAAUUUCGAUCCAGUGAGGCGGCUUUGCUUCAAAACAUUGAGUCCACGAUUCAACACUGCGAGGAGUCCAUCGACGAGUUGGAACAAGAAGCGAGGAAGUUUGAGAAGAAACCGACCGACGGUGCUCGAGCUGCAAUUAAAGGUGUCGUUCGUCGCUUGGCAUACCCGUUUAGGGAGAGCACUCUCCUGAAGCUGCACGAAGACAUUGACUAUCUCAUCAGUCAACUGUCUCUGGCUUUGUCACUCCUGCAGCAGCAGACCAUCGAUCUCGUACAAGAUGAAAUCGAGAAUACCAAUGCCAUAAUCAACUUAAUUCGAACCUCGCAAGUCUCCUCCGAGAUCCGAGCUUGGCUCAAUGCUCCUGACGCGACCUUCAACUUUACUGAAGCAUGUUCGAAGAAACACCCAGGAACUGGUACUUGGUUCGUCAACGGGCCUGAAUUCACUCGCUGGUUGGAGGGGUCAAACUCGUUUCUUUGGCUGAAGGGCUUUGCCGGCUGCGGAAAGACUGUUCUGAGUUCGACGGUCAUACAGCACACCCUCCGUCACCGUAGAUCAAACCCCUCCAUCGGGCUCUGUUUCUUCUUCUUUUCAUUUAAUGAUGAAUCCAAACAGGAUGCAUCAGCUAUGCUCCGAGCGCUCAUUUUGCAGCUAUCUGACCAACUUGACUAUGUUCCAUCCGCACUGCAAAGAAUACAUGAUUUGAGGAAGAAACACAACAUUCCACCGUCCACGGCAGAUCUACUUCAAUGUUUCCGUCAGGUCUUACAGCUUUUCCAAAAAGUCUAUGUUGUUUUGGAUGCACUAGAUGAGAGCCCUCGGGAAACUAGUCGGUUCGAUCUUUUAGAAACAUUGAAAGAGAUUCGGACUUGGUCAGAGCUGGGAUUACAUCUUUUGAUAACCAGCCGAGACGAAGUCGAUAUUCGUGAAGGAUUAGAGGUCGAGAAACAAGCGACUAUCUUAAUGAAGCACGAAGGAAUAGAUGAUGAUAUUGCUAGCUUUGUCUCGCAAUACCUUCAACGGCGUCUCAAACUUUGGAAAGAGCACCAUGCUCUGAUUGAAAAGGUCUUGACCGAGAAGGCACAUGGCGUUUUUCGUUGGGUUGAAUGCCAGUUCAAAGCACUCGCAAUGUGCCCAAGGAGCAAGCAGGCACUCGAUCGGCGACUUCAAUCCUUGCCUCCGACCCUGGAUGAGACGUACAAAAGAAUGCUGGAGAAUGUUCCCGACAAAGACUACGCCAAGCAAAUGCUGACGAUUCUAUGUUGCGCAUCAAGACCUUUGACUGUGCCAGAGUUGAUCAACGCUUUGGCAAUCGAAAUCGGUGCAACGUCCUUUUUGAACUCAGAUCGGCAAUUGCCAGAUGCGGACUCUCUUCAAGAGAUUUGCCCAGGCUUCACCGAGGUAGCCCUGGACCUUGACACAGAAACAGUAAUCAUUCGUAUUGCCCACUUCUCUGUACAAGAAUAUCUCGAAUCUAGUCGAAUCCUUUCACCGGAAGGCUACGCUUCUUUCAGCAUACCAAAGCGCUGUGGAAAUCUACUGCUGGCGUCAAUGUGCCUCACUUUGCUGCUAGAACGUGAGUUACAGAUGACCAAGCUUGAAGAGAUUAACGAAAAGUAUCCCUUUGCAAAAUACGCUGCCAAGGAGUGGGUGAGCCACUGGAGGAAGAGCAUCGGGAUUGGCGCCGCAUUAUACGAUAACGACUGCCACUGCGAUCCUGAAGUAUCCCACGACAGGCUAGUUAUACGACUUCAGGACCAGAUGUUAUUACUUUUCAGAGACAAGAAAGGGGCAAUGGCAAAUUGGCAUAAGCUAUGGCACCUUAAUUCUGACUGGUUUGGGGGAGACGACGAGAUGCCAUCUCCACUUUGCUAUGCCAUCAUUAUCGGUGCUCGCUUCCUGGUAGAACGCCUCUACGAGGACUGUAGAACACAAUGCAGCCUCAAACAUCCAACGGAAAGAUGCAUCGAUCAUAUGGGAGAAAAAAAUGGAAGCCUUGCUACACUAUUACAAGCAGCGGCAGCUUUCGGUCAUCGAGACGUGGUAGAUUUCUUCCUUGACAAAGGAGCGGACCCAAACAUGAAGGUGGCGCAGACGCCUACGGCAUCUGGCACUCCUUUGAUGACGGCUUCGGCUCAUGGUCAGACAGAAAUCAUAGAGUUACUGCUCAAGCUUGGUGCGGAUGUCAAUGCCGUUUGGUCCUCCGUGCCGCCAAGGAAACUCCUUGGUCGCGGACGACGGCAGUUGGUUUUUAUUGAUGAAACUCCCACUGCAUUAGCAGCGGCAUCAAGGUUUGGUAUCAAAGAAGCCGUGAAGUUAUUACUGCAACACGGAGCAGUUGAUGAUGUUCACUCCAAAUUCUUUUCUGCCUUGACGGCAACGAUGGACCCUAUAUUCGCAACCUGUGGGUCCUCAAAGUAUGCUGCGUGUAGAGAACUCCUUUUCGAAAAGUUUGAUGGCUUCAAGGGCACUAAGAGUCCUGAAAUUUUGAAGGUCUAUAUGGAAGUAGCGGCGAAAACCGGAAACGCAGGCUUUGUCCGAAAGUGCCUGGACAAAUGGAUCCUUUAUGGAAAGCCUAGCUUUUCGUCCGGAAUAUUACUUCAGUUCGCGCCAGCCGGUGGGCAUCGAAAGACUGUUGAUCAACUCCUUCAGUCGAACGCUAGGAUGACCGGCUCUGCUGACUGCCCUCACAUGAUGGAAGGCAAUGACAUUGUACACCUGGUCUUUCAAGAAAAGCUCGAGAGCUCAAUCCAAGAUCACAUUCUUGAAUUGAUUCAGCUCUUCGCACAAGACGGCGAUUGCUGA